GGGCGGGGCCUUCCCCUCCCCGUUCACGGGAGGGAGCGGCUGCGGCGGGGUGCGAGGCCGCCAUGAGGUAGGCAGGAGCCCCCUGUAGCCGAGUGAGGCAGCAUGGCAAUGUUCUUGGGGGCCAGGAACGCCCAUUCGGUCCUGAAGCGCUUUCCCCGAGCCAACGGCUUCCUGGAGGAGAUCCGGCAGGGCACCAUCGAGCGGGAGUGCAUCGAGGAGGUCUGCAGCUAUGAGGAGGUCAAGGAAGUGUUCGAGAACAAGGAGAAGACGAUGGAGUUCUGGAAGGGCUACACCAACUCUGUCUACUCUGUCAAGGACCCCGGGCACAGCACGGAGCGCUCAGACGCUAUGUACGUGGUGGUACCCCUCUUGGGAGUGGCUCUUCUGAUAGUCAUCGCCCUCUUCAUCAUCUGGAGGUGCCAGCUUCAAAAGGCCACCCGCCACCGCCCUUCCUACGCUCAGAACCGAUACCUGGCCAGCCGCACGGGACGCAGCCUCCCCAGGGUCAUGGUGUACCGGGAGCGGUCGCAGAGCCAAGGGGAGACCCAGUACCAGCGAGAAACCAGCAGCCGGGUGGCUGGAGAUGGCAGAGCUGGGGGCACCCCCCAGCAGGAUGGCACCCUCUACCCGCCAGAGCAUUCGACCUCUGUCCUCUCCAGACUGUCCAGUGCCACCCCUCCGCCUUCCUAUGAGGAGGUGACGGGCCACCCCGAGAGCAGCAGUGGCGAAGAGACCAGCGUCUCCUACAACGAGCCCCCACCCAAGUAUGAAGAGAUCAUGGCCGCUGCCCCUGCGCUGGGCAAAUAGCAGCUCUGCCUCCCUCCUGCCCCUCCACACACUCAUGCUUACCCACCCUCCCUUCGCCGUGCUUGGGACCCCCUUCAGGUGCCAGCGGGCACCCCGCCUCACUUGUACGAGCUGGUGCCAUCACACAAUAGCCUUACCCUCCUAACCAAAAAUAGCUGUCCCCAAGCGGGGUGAGGCUGGGCUGAGGGGAUGGCUCUGGAGCCAGCCGGCCAUCUGCCCCUCAUUCCCUGCUCACCUAAGUGCUGUAGCAGCCAGAGCAGCUUGUUCCUGGCUCGAUGUGGGGCUCUCCCCAUGGUGCAUUUGAUUUCCUCACUUUCCCCUCCAACAGACACAGCAUUUCCCAUGGUUUCAACGGCCUCGCCGCCUCCCUGGGGCACUGCUCAGCCUUACCCUGCAUCCUCAUUGGGCCCUGUAUUGCUGCUCAGGGCUCUGAUUAGGAAUUGGGGAUGCAGGAGAGGUGCAGUCAAUUUCUGCCCAUCCCCACAGUUGGUGUCCACGCUCUGUGUUUGGGGAAGGUUCCUCCCUCGUGUGGAUCUGCUGCCAGGUGGGAGUGGGGAGCCCGGCCUAUCCUGCCGGUGCCUGUAGUGAUGUUUGCUGUCCACAGAUCGUGGAGGAGCAGUCAGGGAGGUGCUCUCUGAUCUCCUAGAUCCCUUUGCAAAGAGGGGAAAGACUCGUGAUGGUCUUGCAUGUCAGGUAAGUGACUUUGGAGUAGUGGGUCUUUUUCCUGAUGAUCUCUGCUUUCCCCCUGUGGGGUGCCAGCCAGCUGGAGGUCUGGCUGCAGCAGAGUUGGCAGGUGGGAUCGCCUCUGACCUCAAGCUAAAGGUAGUCCCAUGCUUUAAGAGAUGGGAUGCUCCUUUUUCCUGGAGCAUGGCCUGUCUUGUGUCUGCCCUAGAGAUAGGAUGCUGGAUGUGGAUGGGCCCCAAACCUCCUCUUCUCCUUGGGGCUCUUUGUCCUCCAGAGCAGGUAAAUGGGAAUGCAAGACCCUACUCUCCUGCAGGCCCUUGUGGUGGCCAUAGUGCUUGGUGGUCAUAGCCCUGGUGUGGAGGGCGUUUGACAGAGGCAGCUGCAGAGGUGAGAGCUGACUGAUCAUGCCAUGAGCCAGUGAUGCCAGUAGGUUGGGAGUAGGGCCAAACCCUGUCUAGGUGGUUGUGGUGCCAGGACAGGACAGAAGCAGGUGCCUGGCUGUGGGACCAGAGCAUCCCUUUUUCCUGGGCAGCUGUGUUUGGAGUUCAAGCAACGGCUCUGUCCUUUCCCUAUCAUGUCUGAUGGGCUAAAAAGGUGGUUGUGCUCACCAACCCACCAGGAUUAGUCCAGAAGCUCCCAGCACUGCCACUUCUUGGUGUUCACCCCAGCACCAGUCUCUCCACCAGCACUGAAAGGCUAUUGUACAUCCAUCAGCUGCCUGCGCCCCGCUGGGUCCCAGCGAUGCUUUCACAGCAGGUACCCUCAGCCCAGAGCUGAGGCUUGCCCAGCAUGGCCGUCUCUGGGGCAGGACCUGUGGGGUUUGCAGCUGCUGGCACUUUUGUCUGUCCCUUCCCAAGCCUUUACUCUGCCUUUUGGCCUUAGUAAAGUGGGGUUAUGGGAAGAUGUGACUGAGUGUCAGGGUCACAGCCUGGAAAAGACCAGAGGGAGACAGAAGGGCUGUGUGUCCUCUGUCUUUGCUGCUCGGUCAGUAUCCCUGCUGUUUGUAUUCUGUACAACCUGGUAUAUUUCUGUGCAGAAAAAAGGUAUUUAUUAAAAAACCCUCACAGUCUGAGUGGCACAGGGUGGCUUUUUCCUGCAAGGGGGAU